AUGUCCAAGGAUCACGCAGCACAGUACAAGAUCCGGAAGGAGGCCUUUGUGUCGAAUCUUUCUGGAAGCUCCCUGACCGAGAUCAACUUGGUCACCCUCGUCGCCGCUUCUGCGGUCUUUCUCUGGACGGCCCUGCAAGCCCGACAUUCGUUGUUCACGCCAUACACGCCCGUUGCCCUGGUGGCCGAUUUCCUGCUCAACGUGUGCGCCAUUUUAUUCGCCAUCACACUGUACUCUUCCUCGCCGCUGGCGUUGACCAUCUUCCUCAUCACGCCGGGGGUAGUGCUCCUUCUUCUCGCGAAGCCACCCGAUGGACGAGCCUGGAAGUCGAAGAAACCGACGGGAGCUCAGCCUGGGCCUCGAUCUGCCGCCCGUGUCGCCAUCGCCGCUCCCACCCAGCCGGGAUCCAAGAGACCCGCGCUUGUGGUCCGCCCAUUCCUCACGCACUACCGCGGGUCCAUGCUUGUGGUGACCUGCCUUGCCAUCCUGGCCGUCGACUUCCCCAUCUUCCCGCGCCGCUACGCGAAAGUGGAAACAUGGGGCACCUCGCUGAUGGACCUGGGCGUGGGGUCGUUCGUCUUUUCCGCCGGCGUGGUGUCUGCCCGCGCGGUCGUGCGCGCCGAGUCCGAUGACCACCACGCAUCACACCCACAGUCUCAAUCACCAUCACAGUCCGGACACGCGAGGAAGAAUAACAACAACUUCGCCGCCCGCUUCGUCAAGGCCCUUCGCCAUUCCGUCCCGCUCUUCAUCCUCGGCUUGAUCCGGCUGUACAGCGUCAAGGGCCUGGACUACGCCGAACACGUGUCGGAAUACGGCGUGCAUUGGAACUUCUUCUUCACCCUCGCGCUGCUGCCGCCGUUUGUCGAGAUCUCCGACACGGCCACCCGUCGCGUGUUCAAGUCGUCCGAGGUAUUCGCCCUUGUCUUGACCACUAUGUAUGAGCUGGUGCUCGACAACACGCGUCUGCUCUCGUACAUCCUCAUCUCGCCACGCGGGCCGGACCUCCUGUCCAAGAACCGCGAGGGCGUCUUCUCCUUCGCCGGCUAUUUGGCCAUCUUCCUCUGCGGGAGGGGCGUCGGCGUGCCGCUCGUGCGGUUGAACCUGCAGAGAAUACAAAAAGAACAGCAGCAGCAACACCAGCACAGAUCAGAGAUGGAGAUCGGGGCCGAAAGUACGCGCCGAGAACGAAUUUCUGUUCUACGAGACCUCAUCCUCCGCGCAGUCGCCUACGCGGCGCUCUACGCCCUCUCGACAAACCUUUACACAUUCAACCUAUCCGUGUCGCGCCGGUUGGCCAACCUCCCCUACGUGCUAUGGGUCGUGGCAUUCAACACGGCCCAGCUGUCGCUGUUCGGUCUAGUCGAGGCGGUGGGGCCGGCUUUCUCCUACACGCCGCCAACCUUGCCGGACGAGGACGCGCGGCAACAAGACAAGAAGGCGGCUGAGAGCGAGAAUGACGGGCAGCGACAGGACGAAAGCGCGGCGGCGCGAACACCAACACCGACUCAAAAGGCCGCUACAAGCACGAUCCUACGCGCCUUCAACUCGAACGGACUCGUGACGUUCCUCGUCGCCAAUCUCCUGACCGGGCUCGUCAAUCUCACUUUCAACACGCUGGAUAUGCCUCCGGCGCGGGCCAUGGUCCUGUUAAUCGGAUACGCCGUGGCUGUGACGGGCGUGGCGCUGGGAUUGGAUAUGUCCGGCGUGAAGAUCAAGCUGUAA